AAAAAAAUCAACAUUGACCUACUUUUUUUCUUCUCCAUAUCUUGCCUUUUAAGCACUCCUAUUUCCACCAAGUAGUUUUCUUUUCCUUUCUUUUUCUUUCUUUGCUUCUUCUCCUCUUGAGUCUUUGAAAGCUCCCUCCUCUCUCCGGAAUCCGGACCACCUCCAUUUUUGCCAGCUAGCUAGUUUUUUUUUGGAUCUUCUAAACUAGCAAAAUCCUGGAUGUCCAGAGAAAGGGAGAGAAUAGAUGAGAUAGCCAAGAAGUUAAAGACAGAGUUUGAUGCAUCAGCUCAUCAGAAGGUGGGAAGAAGACAUAUGUUAGGCCCUCCGGGAACAUUGAAUACCAUAACCCCUUGUGCAGCUUGUAAGCUCCUCCGCCGGAGAUGCGCCGAAGAAUGUCCCUUUUCUCCUUAUUUUUCCCCACAUGAACCCCAGAAAUUCGCAGCUGUUCACAAAGUCUUUGGUGCUAGCAAUGUUUCCAAGAUGCUCCUUGAGGUGCCAGAAAGCCAAAGGGCAGAUGCAGCAAACAGUUUGGUGUAUGAAGCAAAUGUGAGGCUAAGAGAUCCAGUGUACGGAUGCAUGGGAGCCAUCUCCACACUACAACAACAGGUUCAAUCUUUACAAGCCGAACUCCAUGCUGUUAGGAAUGAGAUUUUAAGGUAUAAGUAUAGAGAAGCUGCUAAUACCAUUAUCGCUUCCACCGCCGCCGCCGCUUUGGUUUCAACCACCACUAAUAAUAAUAACCUCGUUUCCAUUGCUGAGAUGCCACAAGCUCCGGCGACUCCCACCCCGGCUCCUCCUCCUCCGGCACCGUCUCCUCCGCCACCUCAGCCUUGUGUUGCGACCAAGCCGCCGCCUUCCGUGGUCGUCGUUGUUUCCUCCUCCUCUUCUUCUUCUUCUUCUGUGGCGGUUCCGGCUCCGGCUCCUUCUUUGUACACCCAACAACCUUCCACAACAUCUUCUAGUUUUAGCAACAUUUCAAACACUAAUAUACCCUUUUUCGAUUAAACUUAUGCUGAUCAUGUGGACGAUUUUUUGUUCUUUUGAUUUUUUUUUUUUUAGUCUCAAGAUGAUCUUUAAUCCGCCGGAAAAUGGAUUGUUGAGAGGUGGAAGGUUUAACUUGAUCAGUUAGCGUAAAUGGGUUUUUUUUUUUUUUUGUUAUUUGGGAAGUGUGACUUCCAUUUUCCGAGAGACACCACAUGAAAAGGUCAAACCAAAAUAAUUCAUCAUAGAAAAAAUGAACACUCCUCUGAUUAUUAUUAUUAUUAUUAUUAUUAUUAAAGGACAAUGAAUUUUAUGGUAUUAACCUAUCAUUAUGUCAUGGGGAACUCAUCCCUUGUACUACGUAGUAGUACUAGUAUAACAGCGUUACAUUUAUUAUAUCGCCAUUUGUUUUUGUUUAAGUUUUCUUCCGUUUGAAAAUGUUGUAUGCAUUUUCUUUCUUUGGUUGGCUUUUUAAAAAAAUGAGGCUUACACAUUGUAUAGAGAGAAUUUUUUUGGUUAAAUUCUUUGUCUUUUC